AUGUUCGCACGCAUUUCGCCACGGUACGACCUGAUGAACUCGUUGAUGACCGGCGGUAUGCACCACCGGUGGAAGCGCGCCACCGCCCGUUUCACCGCGACCGGGCUGCGCGGGAGCGCACUGGAUAUUGCGACCGGUACUGGAGACCUGGCAUUCGCGCUGGCACAGAUACCCGGCGUAUCGCCAGUGGUCGGGGUCGACCUGCUGCCCGAAAUGCUGACCAUCGCGCGGAGUAAACGAGCCAGAAUCAGCGGUGCGGGCCCGGCGGCCGAGUUUGCCGUGGGCGACGCGCUGCGUUUGCCGUUCGCCGAUGGUACGUUCUGUUGCGCCACCGCCGGCUUCAGCCUGCGUAACAUGGCCGAUGUGCCGGCUGCCAUCGCAGAGAUGGCCAGGGUGGUAGCCCCGGGAGGGCGUGUUACCACCCUGGAACUGACGCCGAUGCCACCCGGCUUGCGUGCGACUCUCGGUCGCGUUUAUUUCCACCACGUGGUGCCAUUGCUCGGGCAAGUGGUGGCCGGCGACCGCUCUGCUUACACGUACCUGCCCAACAGCGUGGACUACUUUCUGACGGCAGACGGGCUGGCCGAGGUGUAUCGAGCGGUCGGAUUGGCCAACGUGGGCUAUUGCCGGCUCGGGAUGGGCGGCGUAGCUCUCCAUUACGGUGUGAAACCGUAG